AACCAUCAUCCACCCCCUCCUCCUCCUCUUCUCUCUCCACUUCUAUCUCAGCUCUGCGAAGAAGAAAAACGCGGAAACCAAGGAUUGAUGUGUUGCUCGGCUUGACAUUUUAUACAUAUUUGCGCACAAAAUCCCCAACGCUUGACAGCUUUGCGAACAAAUACUAACACCGCUUUUUACGAUUUCUGAUGAUUUUCAUGUCAUGACACUAGACGGCUGUGUAUGUACAUGCGUCCGUUGUGCUCGGGGUGGCCGUGAUAUAACCGUGUAGGAUCGUGUGGAUGCUGGGGGAAGAGGCUCUGACGCUCCGGGGAGCUUCGACCAACCCUCCGUGUCGUCCUUGUUCCUGCGACCGGCUGCAUGACCGGUGAUGCUCGGGCUCUUCGCCUGGAUGCGACCCUCUCUCCGCGGUGUGCCGUCGGUACCGCUGCCUGUAUCCCCCCAUAGCAGAUUUCCACUGUCGCCGGAGAAAGGUCUAGGGACCACAUAUGGAAACUGGGGAUCAGAAUUUUAGGAAAAGGGAAACUAAGCAGGCUGUCGUUUGAUUUUCACAAGUUAAUUUUUCCUGCUCCUUUUGGCUUGACUUUUCGUUUUAUUUGAAGAGAGGGGUUGAUCGUCCUUGGUUGGUUUAUAUUUCCUUCAUCUCUUAAGGAAUGUUAUCAUGGCAGUCAUGGUAAUGGCUAAUUGUUUGCCAUUUCUUACCAUUCUUUCCUUGAUUUUGGGGGAGCGCUUGAUUCUGCUGGUUUGAAUUUGUUCUUUUACACCUAGUCCUUUUUUCCAAUAUUUUCAGCCCUGUCUGUCUGUCUUGCCUGUCUCCCAUCAUCCUCUUCCCUAUAUAGGAAUACAUGUGAUAGCGUGAUUCCUCAGAAAUGCCUGAGAUGAGCCUCCAUAACUCACUGUUCCACUGUGUUACAUCAAGGUAGUCAGAUCUCACCCUCAAUCCUUUCAUCUGUUUCGGGUCUUCUACAUUUUGCCUUUUUUUUUUGUGGCUGAUUUGAAGAAGUCAAGCUGCCAACUGUGUUAGUCUUAACCACCCUCCACCCCCCACAACCUGGUGUUUCUUCAUGUUUCUGUAUGAAUUAAUUCACACUGCAUGCAUGUGUGUGCUUGUCCGUGUACUGAUGUGAGCCUGAAAAUGACAGUAGGAGGCUGUGUGGGAAAAAUAUCAAGCGCUACAUGCACAUCAUUCUAUUUAUCACCGUCAAAGCUGUGAGGAUUGUAAUACGUGCAGCUGCUUUUGUCAGCUCAGAAGGCCAAAUUCAGGCCUGAAAAAAAGAUCAAAUAGAAACAGAGAAAAAUCCUCCAUCUUCUCAUUAUUUCGGCCUUUUUCAGAGUUUGACAUUUAGAGGCAAAGUAGGCCUAGAUCCUGGACCAGUGCUCCUGUGGGAUCUGCAAGAAGCCUGUGUUUUUAGGUCAAGAUUUUGUUUCAAGAGAAGGGCAACUUCCUGCCACCUGAGGACCAGAACUUUGCAAAGCUCCUAGCCAAAGACCUUUUGACCUGUCUUUUGGGUCAAACAGCCAACCCUACACUCUCCUCUUAAUUUUCACCUGUUUGUUGUCCCACCCCAAAACCAACCAUACGAUUUCCCCCGAGCUCCCCUAAUUCCCCCGCCCCCCCAGCGGCCCCCCGCUACCGACGUCCGCCCGACAUCGCCCACCCCCCAUUUUCCGAGCUGGCGUGGCGACGCAAACUCACAAAUAUUUACUUCCUGUACAUCAAGAGGAAAGGGGGCUCCCCUUUCGUGGAAUGCGGCAACAUGGGCGUUUUUGACCGCGGAGUUCAGAUGCUGCUGACCACGGUAGGGGCCUUCGCCGCCUUCAGCCUUAUGACCAUAGCCGUGGGGACAGACUACUGGCUGUACUCGCGCGGAGUCUGCAAGAUCAAGAGCAACAACGAGAACGAGACCAGCAAGAAGAACGAGGAGGUGAUGACGCACUCGGGCCUCUGGAGGACCUGCUGCCUGGAAGGUUCCUUUAAAGGCAUGUGUAAGCAGAUAGAUCACUUCCCUGAGGAUGCCGACUAUGAGGCGGACGCUUCAGAGUACUUCCUUCGUGCCGUACGAGCCUCCAGCAUCUUCCCCAUCCUGAGUGUGAUCCUGCUCUUCAUGGGGGGGCUCUGUAUCGCCGCCAGCGAGUUCUACAAGUCACGCCACAACAUCAUCCUCAGCUCCGGCAUCCUUUUCGUCUCUGCAGGUCUGAGCAACAUCAUAGGCAUCAUUGUGUAUAUAUCAGCCAACGCCGGGGACCCUUCCAAGAGUGACUCCAAGAAGAACAGCUACUCCUACGGCUGGUCCUUCUACUUUGGUGCCCUCUCCUUUAUCAUGGCCGAAAUGGUGGGCGUGCUGGCCGUGCACAUGUUCAUCGACCGCCAUCGGGAGCUGCGUGUGGGGGCACGAGCCGCUGACUACCUCCAAGGUGCGGCCAUCACACGCAUUCCUAGCUACCGCUACCGUUAUCGACGCCGCUCACGCUCUUCGUCCCGUUCAACAGAUCCCUCGCACUCUCGUGAAGCAUCGCCAGUGGGCCUGAAGGCCUUCGGGACGCUGCCCUCAACUGAGCUGUCCAUGUACACGCUGCCCAAGGGCCAAACGGGCACCCCGACAGCCACCUAUAACUCCACGGAGAGGGACCACAACUUCCUGCAGGUCCACAACUGCAUCCAGAAGGACCUGAAAGACUCAGGCGGCAAUUCCGCCAACCGACGCACCACACCUGUAUGAAACUGAUGGAAGGACCUCAGACACUAGAAAAAUCAGAGGGAAUCUGGGGGGAGGCGGCAGAAGACAGAUAAUGGUGUAAGGCAACAGGAAGAGGCUUAUGGAUGGGGUCAGGAGUUAGCAACAGAGGGGGAGUUCUGAACACUCCACAGCACCUCAGAUGAUCAUUGAGUUUCUGUUUUAAAAAAAGGAAACAGAGAAAAAAUGCAUAAAAAAAGAAACAUGCAUGAUUUUCCCAUCUACCAUUGUUUAACAAGUUUUGAACAUGUUUGUAAAGAUUUGAGGGUGAGGAUGGGGAAAGAGGAGUGGGGAGGGGGGUGGGGGUGGCCGGUGAUUGUCUGUCUCGGGGCUGUGGAACAAUGGAGUGGUGAGCUGGGCCGGACUACUUGUUAAAAGGCGAUCUUUAUAUUUUUUACUCUUCCGCAGUCUGAUGGAAAAGGCGACGUAGUUGACCCCUCAGCCCCGCCUAUGAUCCCGCCCUCACACUACCAUCCCACAAGCCCCCCAACACACAAACCCAACCUCCCUUUGACCCAGCUCCUUUCUUUAGUUGCUGUAUCUUCUUGAUUUCAUUCUUUAUUCGCAUUAAUACUGUGAACCUUUGCGGUGUGGGAUUUUAGCAGGGAGCAACUCAAACCGCAAAAAAAAAAAAAGACAAAAAAGGAAAAAAACACGUAAGUUAAUAUAUGUAUUGAUUAUAUAAAUAUAUGAAUAUAUAUGUUAAUAAAUCAUGACUAGAUUUCCCUGGAGCAAAAAUACCAACAAGAAAAAAAGAAAACGAAGUAACCUACAAGUGAAACUAAAUAAAGUCUUCACGGAAACCAAACCAAGCCGGAGGAUUCAUCAAGACUGGCUCGAUUGAAGGGCAAAGGCAUCAUCAGCCUUCUUAAUAAACUGAUAUUGGUUAGUAUUAGACACAUUAUAACAUUCUUUUUCAACUACAAAAAAAAUCUUUUGGCCUCCUGCCGAAACCCUGGCAGCCACCGUUAUUCAAGGUAACCAACAGGUCAAAGGUUGACCUUGCUUCUUUUCUUUUUUUUUUUUGCUCCAUAAAGGGGCGGAGUGAAGUGAGAACUCUCGUCGGCAGAUGAUCUCUCAGUAAACUUCAUCAAGACUGUGGACAAUGAAGCGUCACUACUGCCAAAGACACAAAGUAGUGCGUGAGAGAAACAUGGCUACCAGCAAGGUGAAGCUAAGUGACUCCAAAAAAUUAAGAAUUUACAUGCAUGCUAAUCAAAAUCAUCCGGUCUGCUUUUAAGGAACCUAUGUUUUGAACAACUGAACAAUGAUACCAUGUAAGGGCAGAGGGGUGUCAAAGUAGAAAUUAAUGUUACAGUACUGUGUCUAUUUCAAUUUUUCAUUUCUUUUUUAUUUUAACAGGGUUAUUUGGGUUGGGGCUUCAUUACGCUUGAAACAAAAAGAACAGACUUUUGAGAACUUAUCAAAGCUUUUUUUUUUUUAAGAAGACAUUUUUGCCUUUUGAUUUUAAUUUCAUUUUCUCAGACUCUCACACAGCCUUAGUCUCUUUUUUUGUCUCUUUUUUUCUUGUUCUUUGGGUUUUGCGUUGUGUUGUUGUAAAUGAGAAUUUAAAAAAAGCAUAAUGUCUUUCAAGGUGCCAAAACUGAAUGAUUCUGAACUUGGAUGCAUCAAGUCCUGAUGACGAAUAAAAAUUGAACCCCCCUGCAGGGAACAAAAUGA